AUGUUUCUUUUUUCCUCUUUUAUGAUUAACUUAAGUCCAUUUUGUUCAUUUCUUUCUUCCUUUCUUGCUUCUUUUCUUAUUCCCUUCAUUUUUUUCUGUAUCUGUUUUUUUUUUCUUUUUACAUUUCUGUUUUUUUUCUCUGCUCAUUCCUUCAUUCCCUCCUUCCCUCCCUCCCUCGCUCCUUCCUUCCUUCCUUCCUUCCUUCCUUCCUUGUUUGCUUUCUUCAUUCCUUCCUGGCUUUCUUUGGUUCUUGUUUGCCACCUUCCUUACAUUCUUCAUCCCUUUCUCCCUUCCUUGCUUUUUUCAUCUCUUCUUUCUUUCUUUCUUUCUUUCUUUCAUUCUUUCUUUCUUUGCAUGCUUCCUUCUUUCUUUACUUUCUUCUUUGCUUUCUUCAUUCCUUGUCUUUGUUUCCUUUCUUCAUUCUUCCCUUCCUUCAUGCAUUCUUCGUCCUAUCCUUUUUCCUUCCUUGCUUUCUUCAUUCUUUCUUUCUUACCAUCCUUCCUCGCUUUCUUCAUUCUUUCUUUCUUACCAACCUUCUUUGCUUUUUCUUUCUUUCUUUCUUUCUUUCUUUCUUUCUUUCUUUCUUACCAUCCUUCCUUGCUUUCUUCAUUCCUUCUUUCUUACCAUCCAUCCAUCCUUGCUUUCUUCGUUGCUUCCUUACUUCCUUUCCUGCUUCUUUGUUUCUUUCUCGUUUCUUUGUCCUUUCCUUCCUUCCUUCCUUCCUUGCAUGCUUCCUUGUUUCUUUACUUUCUUUUUUGCUUUCUUCAUUCCUUCUUUCCUUGCUUCCUUUCUUCAUUCUUCCCUUCCUUCAUGCAUUCUUCGUUCCUAUCUUGUUUCCUUCCUUGCUUUCUUCAUUCUUUCUUUCUUACCAUCCUUCCUUGA